AGCAGAUUUUCAGACAGAAUGGUUAUAUUAAAGACAUGGAAAGAUAUGUAAAACAAAACAGCUUUAAUUGAGAAAAUAGAUGAAUCCUUGAAACUAAUAACAUGACCGUGUUCGAGUUGUCUUUUGAGGUUUCUUUUGGUUUGGAUGGAGGUGCUGCUGAUGGCUAGUGAACAGGUGGCCUUGGAGGGAGUGGCCGGAAUCACACUCACCAAACUCUGGUUCGAGAUCGGCAGACUCCUUGACAAACAGAUCACUCGUUGUCAAAAACUGCGCAUCAUCAGCUACCUGCUCGUAAAACCCGGAUGCAGGUGUUACUAUCUAGACCAACCGCGAAAGUUAACGGUUGUUCCCUUGAUAACUGAACCACUUCUGUUAUACGAACAACAGCAGCGCAACUACAGCCCAUGUGACGCCGUGCAAUUUCUCAACAAGAACUUGAUUCCGUCUGUUCAAGCCAAUCAACUAGUAGCAGAUUUCGGAUUUUGUCCCGACCGCUACAACCGAGUAGAAAUGGAUGAUUUGGAUUGCGAAGAUGUCUUUGAGUACGACCCGGAUAGGCUCACGUUCGUAGCUAGUUUUGGGGACAGAGUUCGAUUAUUACUUCCUCCUGACGCCUGUGUAGAAGACAUUCAGAAUGAGACCUUCAGCACAUUCAUGUUCCUGGAGUACCUCGCAAAGUGUAGAGAACGCGGCGCUUUCAUUCAUGAAUUAAAGGAGGACUGGGCGACUGGAAUAGACGUGUACCCAAUUGUGUCUCAGGCGUAUAAGAUGGGACAGGUGUGUAAAGAGUCAGGCGUUAGAACCGUCGGAUCAUUCGCAGAUAAUGGUGUCAUAGUUAAACUGGCUCGGUUCGCUGAUCGAACUAAUUUGGACAUGAAUGAGUCAGAGGACAAACUGCCUCCAUGGGUUGUAGCCUUCGACAAAAGAAUGGCUGAAUAUAGAAAUUUACAUCCGGAUGCAACUUCUUUGCCAAGAAAAUUUCUUCGCCCAUGUUAUGGAGAUGAUCAUCAGCUGAAGAAAGUUGUUGAGAAGAUGAAAGCAGAUGGCUAUAUCAAAGUCGUGUACAUCAAAUCACCUACGAAUAGAGUGAAUAAAUUCGGUGAACAUAAAUACAUUCCUCAGUUACAGAGAAGUCAUCCCAAGGGCAAACUGCUUUGGAGCAACCCCAUUUCACAAGACACCGCACCGACUAUGGCACCCGAGCUGAUAGAGCCGGACCAAACUAUGGCAAACCACUAUAGAGAUCUCCUGAAGUAUUCGGACGCCACAAUCAACAAUGUGAUGGCUUAUACGGGCAGUAACUAUUAUGUCGCCAGAGGUGUAGACAAAAAUUUUUGUGCCAACUACAGUGAGAGUAUAAAUGUCAGGAUGGUCGAAGUGUGCAAAACGGUGACGAAGGUGAAAAGCGCAAAUGCCACAGAAACCCAAGAGGAAGCAAAAAGUAACGGCGAUGGAGUAGGCUGCUUGAAUGAGGAUACAACUGUGGAAAAUUCCCAGCAUGGAUGCAAAGAGAUAGCUAAGAAGCCAACUGCUAAAGGCUCCAAAAAAGGAGGCUCAGUUCUUUGGAAGGAUUUCCUUGGUCAUGACCUUGAAGAGUUCGGCAUUGAAUUGGCGCCUGAAGAUUUUGAAUUCAAACAUAAGUUUUUCAGAACUGAUUUGCAAAAACUGAGAAGAGCAAUUAUUCUGAAGCAUCUCGCGAAGAUUUCUGUGAUGGAAAUCGCAUUACUUGGUAAUGUAGUUUCGUCUGUUGAAAAAGCAAUUGGUUUGAACAAUCCCAUGUGGGAUAGGAAAUCGAAGAAGAAAUUCUUGGAUAUUUUGUCAUCUGAAGGACUGAUAAAUCAGCUGGGAGUAAAAUAUGAGAGGCAUGGAAUAGAAAAAGAAAUCCAUUUGAUAGUCUUACCUGGAGUUGAUGAAAAUCACAAAUUAGUUCACAAGCUCAUAAGCGACAAAGCUACUGUUAGGUUCAUUGAAAAAGACGAAAAAAUGGAGUUUGUUGCCGAGCAAACCAGGGUGGCAGAGGCACUGCAAGAAGCCCCUGAUUUAGAUAUAGGAGACGAAGUAAGCCCGAAAGUAUCGAUGCUUCUCAGAGAAAAUCAAGAAACUUCAAACACAGAAAUGCUGAAUGGAGAAAGUCAAUCGAAUAAUCUUUCGUCUCUCAGUGAAAAUCAUAGUCACGCCCAGAAAGAAAACGCUAUGAGUGUUCUGGAUGCCGAAAACUAUCAACAGUGCAGUCAAUUUGAUUUAAACAUGGAUGGACUUAACGACAGUUGUAUGGAGGCUAACAUACCCACUCCUCCAAAGAACCCCAAGCAAAAGAAUGACGAGGCUGCUUGGGGUAAACUGGGAUGGAACGAAAAAGAGGAAGAAAACUCGGGAACGACCUUCGGACUAUUUGUGCCCACGAUGCACAUGGCGAAGAUAUUGCACUCGAUUUUGCUGUACAAGGUGCGAGGAGUGUCCAUCUGUCUCUCGCCGAAAUUCUUAAGGAAGUUGGACUCCUUCAUGGUUUCUCCGUGUGCCUAUGGAGAUGGUUGGAUCCACUACUCUGAUGUUUUGGACAUGCUUCCAAUGAAGGUCCUCGCCAUGUUUCUCGAGAAGACAGCAAUGAGUACCAAUUUCAAUGCCCUGUGCAACUUGUUUCUUUACUCUUAUGAAGUAGCGGGAUUAAUCCACCCGACGCUAAGAUCCAUAAUUGUGUCCAAUGAGGCAAUCGCGAACCGGGUGUGGUACUUGGUGAAAAUAUUGUGCGCGCUGGGACUGGUGACUUUGUCUCGUAAAACUAUCGGAGAGCGAAGAAAGGCCGCCUUCAUUUACAUUCAUACGAAAGCGUGUUUCUAUGACACAUCGCAAAAUCCUGAUGUGCUUGACCUCAGCUCAUAUCCAACAACCAUUCCAUAUCCUAAACUGGAGUUUGAGCUGAGAGACCUGGUCUCUCUGGAAGAUUACUGGGAAAAGCUGAGGGAUAUUUCUGUGCGAACUUGUCUGAAUGAGAAGAUCGUCAUCUACAACGUCUUCGCCAGUCGCUUCCUAACGCGCAAGUGGGCGCUACACAAUGGGAGUGGGUUCAACUUAGAAAAAUACUACAUAUCAAAGCCAUCCGCAGUACCACAGUGCAGAGAGCCAGUGUUUGUUGAUUUCGGAACUGCUGGAACGGAGGAGAGGCUGUUUCUACAGGAUCCCAUCCACUGGUACCCAGUGAAAGAAGCCAACGCCACCCUGAGACAAAUCGUGAGGCAGCUGAAAAGUGCACAAGAUGUUAAAGACAGCUGUAUUAAGAAUGCAUCUAAACAAAAAUUGAGUACAUUGGCCGAGAAAGACUACGGCGUGGCUGUAGGAAGGAAUACCCGAUGCGAGCACAUGUCCCUGGUGCAAUUGACGAAAACGAUAAGCGAGAGAUGUGCGGUGAAAAAGAAACAUAGAGAGAACAGGAUUUUACAGCGAAGUCUCAAGAGAGCGGCUGUGGCUAACCACACGAGUGCAGCUAGUAAGGCUGAAAUUGCGGCUAAAAAAUUGAAACUGGAAAAUGCGGAGAAAGUCAAGAGGAGGAUCUUAGAUUUCAAUGCGCGUCAGAAACAAAUUAACCAAGAAAUCGGAGAAAAAAAAGAGCACUUGCGAGUAAUCUGGAGUUCGGAGGAAGACGCAGUGCUAGUGUAUGGAUACAUAGCUCUAUCUAUCAUGCGCGCAGUGUUACCUUUUCCUGCCCAUAAUACCUACAGAUAUCUUAUCAGAGAUUUCAUACACGAACUGCUGCCUAACACUGCAAAGGGCAAGAAUGAGGCCUCAAUAGUGAGACGCUUUCGAUACCUCAUGAGUCACGACUACAAAUCCAUGUUGCUGUACUUCGGACUGAAGACGCACGCGGAGAAAUUUCCAAUAGUAGCCCAAGCAGUAAAUGCAUUCAAAGACGACAUGAGCUCAGAUGAAUUGUACAACCACUUUAAAAUCCUUUAUAAUGCUUUGGUUCACUGCAAUCGUAAAGUGGCAAUGGUUAGUGCGCAUGAUACUAUGUUCCAGAUAGAGAGAAAGUUUACAGUGGAGCAGUUUUUUUCUGUAAGCGGAACUGAAAAUUUCUGGGACUAUUCUGAUCCUUCACAGCCUUGGAAGAAUGCCCUACAUGUUUCCAUUCAAACAUUGACUUUGAAUUACUUCUUCGAGAAAAACACGCAACCCUUUACGGCCUCGACAAUUGUGAUGGGCAAACUCCUGGACGUUCCAAGUAUCGCAGAACUAACAGAACCAGUUUAUAAUAGAUUGAGGAGUCAAAUUCUGGUUGAAAAUUCGCGUGCCCUCAAAGAUUUUCCGAAGUAUAGGCGUUUUGUUGCAAACCUGAAUCUACAGAGAGAAAUCAACAAAGAUAGUCCCUUGUUUAUCGUGAAAAUUUUUAUGCUAUGGAUGACGAAACAAGUGUUCACAAAAUCUUUGGUAACAAUAUACGAGGAAGAAAAUUUUUCCGAUGAACUUGUAAAAAGAGUGUUGCUAGAGCGCCAGAGUGUGAUGCAUGAGCCAGAAAAGGAGAGAUACGCGAAGUUUUUCGUGCUGUGCUGCUUAAUGGAAAGCUUACCCUACUUCAAAAUGAGUCUUGACUUGGGGAAACCCCUAUUCGAUUACCCAAAUCUCGACCCUGAUUUAGAAAUGCUGAGCACGAAAAAGUCGACGGAUAAGUAUGACUCAGACUCAGAGGACGAAGAGGGGCUGAAUGAAGAGCAGAAGAUAGCACUGAUCUCAAUGCAAGAAAAGCGCUCAGUGCCAGGAUCCAUUAACGAUACUAGAGUCAAAGGAGAAAAGAAACUAAAGGCCGAAAGAAUAGAACUAUGUUUUGAUCACGACAAACUAAAAGCGAGAGAGGCGCAAAGUUUCGACAAGGCGGAUAGAAUCAGACAGUAUCUAUCCGUGACUUUCCAAGAAAGAGAUCAAAAGAUAAUGGUAAACAUUCCGAAAAUUUCUUUAAAACCAGCUUCCCUUAAUGAGGACUGGGAGUCCUUGAAUGAAACAAUGAAAGAGUUCUAUUUCGACAAAGAGGAUGGGUUCUUUCAGAAAAUAUCAGUUAAAACUGUUUAUGAUUUGUUGCUAAUUCGAAGUCCUUCAGAUUGCGAAUUGCUGCCUGAUAUGCCUUUCUACGUUACGUCCUUUUCAGACAUGCCGAAUAGUGAGUCGCUCUCAGAAGUGGAGAUAAUCUUGCUGGCGUCCAUACAGAAUGCGACUCAUGAGGGGCUUCUGUUUGAGGCUAUUUUGAACGAAUUCGGAGCUUUGUCUGAAUUGGAUUUACUGCAGCUUAUCAGGUCUCUUAUCGAAAAAGGUGCAAUAUUAAUAUGUGGAAACACAGACUUGCGCUUCUGUGCGCGUGAGUUUUGUCCAUUUUUCACAAGUCUGAAAAGUGAAGAGACCGUUACAGCACAUCGCAUUCCGAAUAGCUUUGUAUCCAUCAAAUUUUUGCCGGCUGCUUUUAUUAACUGGGAUGGAUCUCUUUGCAAGACCAUGUUUGCUUCCGUCCUAUUUUGGCUUGUAGAAACAACCACGUAUCUUCCAGGAAUGGGUUUUAAUGAUUUUUACGACCGCAUUUCCUGCAUCAUAAAUCAAUUGCAGUUUAUGAAGUUGGUCAAACUUGCAGAAAGGCUGAAUUUGAUAAGCAUUCAGAUCCACUUAGAAGAAACUGUGUCAGACGGGUUUUUCUUGGACGAUGAAUUAGAUGAAGAAUUGCCUGAUAAAGCUCCUUCUGACUUCAGAAAUGUCUUCUUGUUUCCAGUAGCCGAAGGAAUGAUUAGAACAAAGCUGCUGUGUGACAAAUUCAAUAUGAAAAGACAAUUGUUCUUUAUUGGACCACAGAGAUUAGUAUUUUAUGGGACGUCGUUACAUUUGUUUAAAACAAGGAAAAUUUUCGAUACUUUCCAUGGGUACUUGGAUUUAACCUUUAGCGCUUAAAAUAUCCUGGCUUAUCUCAAUUCCCCGUAGUUUUUGACAAUGAUAGCUUCUUCAUGUUGUUACAUUUAUCUUCAAAGUUGUAAAUAUUAAAAUGUUUUUCUUUGUUCUUUUUUCCUUCCU